AUGAGAGCUCAUAUUUUGAUCCUCUUUUUUAUGGUGUUAUCGACAUUGACCAAACCCAAAGCUGCAGCCAUAAUUCAAGACUCUGUUAGUACAAGCUCUGACAUCCAACGCAGAAUUCUCCACCAGCCAUUGUUUCCGGCCAAUUCUGCACCACCACCAGCCACAGACUCACAACCACCACCGCCAUCACCACCUCCACCAGACAGCACAGCUUUUCCAAGCCCAGACCAGCCCUUUUUCCCUGAAGUCCCAAGUGGGUCGUCCCCAGGUCAAGGCCAGCCACCACCAGCAUCGGCAGUCAAUGGGACCAUACCAAUCCCAACAGCAACACAGCCCGCCAAACCUGCUAAGAAAGUGGCAAUUGCAAUCUCAGUUGGGAUUGUCACUUUAGGCAUGCUAUCAGCUCUUGCAUUCUUUUUAUACCGACACAGGGUUAAGCAUCCAAGAGAGUCUCAGAAACUUGUCGGAGGCAAUUCUGAAAGAUUUGCAGAUGAAUCUAGAGCACCCCCAUCAAGUUUCUUGUACAUAGGAACUGUUGAACCAACCAGGACAUCCAUUAGUGAAGUAAAUGGAGCAACGACAACAACAAGCGAAGCCAAUACUUCACCUUAUCGUAAACUAAAUUCAGUCAAAAGAUCUGAUAGAUAUAGGCCCAGUCCAGAUUUGCAGCCACUGCCACCAUUACCUAAACCUCCUGCUCCUCCUCCUCGAUACGAGAAUGAGAAUUUUGCAUCCCCAACAUCAUCGACAUCAGACGAGGAGAGUCAUGGCACAGCUUUUUAUACACCACAGGGCUCCUCAAUAAGCACUGAUGAUUCCUAUUACACACCCGUUCCGGGGAGGUCUGCUAAUGGUGGGAAUGAUGGCCGUAUACAAGCCACAGCUUUAGUUCCCCACUCUAAAAGAACCUCUCCCAAAUCACGAUUUUCUUCCAUUCGUUCACCGGAAAUGAAGCAUGUCAUCAUUCCUUCAAUCAAGCAGUCAUCGUCAACAACACCGCCGCCACCGCCACCACCACCGGUAGUGCCGCAGCAGGAUAAAAUCCAGGAUGUUGAGCCAACAACUUCAUAUUUUUCAAAAAGGGCAAAAUUUCCAGCCCCUCCACCACCACCGAAUAUGGCACUUCUUCGAUCGAUAAACAAUCAGCAAUCAAGUAAAAUUCUAGGUCCACCUCCACCUCCACCGCCACCUCCACCUCCUCCGGCUCAGGCUCCAAUGUCAACAACAAGAAAGAUAGGAUCUUUAGAAACAGCUAAAACAAGUGCUGUUCCUUCGAUGCCUACAACAGAGGUGGCGAAGCAACAGCCCUGGACUCCUAGUCCCAAAGCCAAUUUGAAGACCGAAACGACAAAAACUGCUGAGGAAGUUAGUGAAGGAAUCAGUUCCUCAGAGAGGAACAAUGCAGAUGACAAUGAUGGAGCAAAGCCCAAGCUAAAGGCUCUGCAUUGGGACAAAGUGCGGGCAUCCUCAGACCGAGCCACAGUGUGGGACCAGCUUAAAUCCAGCUCAUUUCAAUUAAAUGAGGACAUGAUGGAGAGUCUUUUUGGCUGUAAUUCUGCGAAUUUGGUACCAAAAGAAGCUCCAAGAAGAUCAGUUCUGCCUCCUGUUGAUCAUGAAAACAGAGUGUUGGAUCCAAAGAAGUCACAGAACAUAGCUAUACUGUUACGAGCACUAAAUGUGACGCGAGAUGAAGUGUCUGAAGCUCUUUUGGAUGGCAACCCAGAAAACUUGGGUGCCGAGCUUUUGGAAACUCUAGUAAAGAUGGCCCCAACCAAGGAGGAAGAAAUAAAACUUCGAGAGUACAGUGGUGACAUCUCCAAACUGGGAUCUGCAGAACGGUUUCUCAAGGCAGUGCUUGAUAUCCCAUUUGCUUUUAAAAGAGUUGAGGCGAUGCUCUACAGAGCCAAUUUUGAUACAGAAGUUAAAUAUUUGAGGAAAUCUUUUCAAACCCUAGAGGCAGCAAGUGAGGAAUUGAAGAAUAGCCGGUUAUUCCUCAAACUCCUUGAAGCUGUUCUCAGGACAGGGAACCGGAUGAAUGUUGGCACAAAUCGUGGUGAUGCUAAAGCGUUUAAGCUUGAAAGCCUCUUAAAACUUGUAGAUAUAAAGGGAACAGAUGGGAAAACAACAUUACUCCACUUUGUGGUCCAGGAAAUUAUUAGAUCUGAAGGCACAAGUACCGAUUCUGCAAAUAAGAAUCUGCAAGACAGUACAAACUCCCAAAUGAAGGAGGAUGAUUUCAGGAAACAAGGAUUGCAGGUUGUGUCAGGUCUGAGUAGAGAUCUCAGCAAUGUAAAAAAGGCAGCAGGAAUGGACUCUGACGUUUUAAGUAGCUAUGUUUCAAAGCUCGCAAUGGGGCUUGAGAAAGUCAGAUUGGUUUUGCAGUACGACAAGCCAGAUAUGCCUGGGAAAUUCUUUCACUCAAUGAAGCUGUUUCUAAGAGACGCGGAUGAGGAAAUUAGCUGGAUCAAGUCUGAUGAAAUAAAGGCUUUAUCACUGGUGAAAGAGGUCACAGAAUAUUUCCACGGGGAUACAGCGAAAGAGGAAGCUCACCCUUUCAGAAUUUUCAUGAUUGUAAGAGAUUUGCUAAAUGUAUUGGAUCAUGUCUGCAAGGAAGUCGGGAAAAUGCAGGACGGAACAAUGGUGGGCUCAGCUAGAUCCUUUCGGAUAUCAGCAACUGCAUCACUACCGGUUCUCAACAGAUACAACGUUAGACAAGAUAGAAGUUCAGAUGAGGAAAGCGCCUCUCCUUAA